UACAUCUCCCAUGUUGGCUGACUUUUUACAUGAUCAUGAUACUGGAAUAUGUGGAACGGUAAAAGCGAAUAGAAAGGGAAUGCCAAAUCUAGAUAAAAAAUUAGGUCGAGGUGAAGUGCAAGUAGCUCAUAGCCAUACAUGGAUGGCAAUGAAGUGGGAAGAUAAACGCAGUGUCCGCAUGUUGACAAGUGUGCAUGAGCUUGAAUUUCGCGCAACUGGAAAAAAACAUUAUAAAACGAAAGAAGACAUUAUAAAGCCAACAUGUGUUCAAGAUUACAAUCAAAAUAUGGGUGGUAUAGAUAAUAUCGACAGACAAUUAUCUAUAACGGAGUCAGUGCGAAAAACAAUGAAGUGGUAUAGGAAGCUCUUCUUGCACCUUAUUGAUCUUUGCCUGACUAAUGCUCAUGCUUUGUAUAAAAUGGAAAAUGAAGAGCCCAUGUCGUUUCCGUCAUUCAGGUUACAGAUUGUUAGAUCAUUAUUGAAUGUUGAUCCUACUGAAAACUUCACGUACAACAAUGAUUCGCCUGCUAGGUUGAUUGGUCGACAUUUUCCCCGAGAAACUACAAGGCGAAGGUGCCAUUUAUGCACUUUACGUAAAAAUAAAAAAAGGACAACAUUCAUGUGUCCCACUUGUGACGUUCCUUUAUGCGCAGUACCCUGCUUUGAAGAGUAUCACACGUGGAGUUACCCUAAAAUCAAACAUUGCAAAGUAAGAGAUAAGGGGUUUUACGAAUAUCAAGCACCCCAACGUGAGAGGCACGGGGACUCACGUAAAUCAAGCACCCCAACGUGAGAGGCACGGGCACUCACGUGAAUCAAG